UCAUAAACACCGCUAUUUAUACAAUAUUUAUACAAUCUUAUUUUAAACCUAACCACACUGCCAACCGUAUGCCUAACAUUAAAUUAAGACCCAAAAUAAAUGUUUUGUUUUCAUGAAUCUUUACCAUAGCCAAUUCUGACUCUGUCGCUGUGGUAACUAGUGGAAACCCCUAAAUCAUACGGAAAAGGAACGCUAUCGCCAGUGAAGCUGGCCUGCUUGGUGAAUGGUGGGGUUGUGAGGACCUGGACUACAAGGAAGGCACAGGGGACAGGCUGGGAAGCACUGAAACAACCAUCAUGCUCAGGAACUGCACUGUCAGUGUUAAGGACAUUACUGCAAGGCUGUUAAGUGCUCACUGACUAGCUGACCUCUUAUAGUGAGUGCCCUUAUCCCCUACUUUUCAACUUCCCUUCAUAGGGCACGAGUCGACACACUAACAAAUGCAGUAAGAGUAAAAUUAUUUUUACCCACAAACAGACACUCUUGAAUUGCAAACCAUGGUGGAUAACCGCUAUGCUACGGCCCUGGUCAUUGGCUCUGUUCUGAGUCUGCUGGCCACAGUCUAUCUCUCUGUUGCCGUGGGAACACAGCACUGGUACCAGUACCGAAGUCCGCCCGGCAACCAUGAGGCCAGCAACGCUUCGGAGCUGUGCGAGGACUUCAUCAACGGGGAGUUUGAUGAAAAGGCUUACAGCGACACUCUGUUCCGCCUCAACGGCACACUGGGGCUGUGGUGGAGGUGUGUGCAGGCGCCCGGCCAGUCGCACUGGUUCAAAGAGCCUGAUCCUAAGAUGGUGACACAGUGUGUGAGCUUCACUCUGCCUCAGCAGUUUUUACCCAAGUACAAAGAACCGGGGAAUCACAACACUGGGGAGGACCUGCUUCGGACAUACCUGUGGAGGUGCCAGUUCCUGCUGCCUCUGGUGUCCCUAGCCUUUGUUUUCCUCAGCGGACUCAUCGGCGUUUGCGCCUGCCUCUGCCGCAGCAUCACCCCCACCCUGGGCGUUGGAGUGCUCCACCUGCUGGCAGGUCUGUGUUCCCUGGGCACAGUUUGCUGCUUCCUGGCUGGCAUGGACCUUCUCCACAGGGUCUCGGUGCUUCCCGACGGUGUGGACGGCUCCCUGGGCUGGUCCCUGUACCUGGCCCUCAUCUCCUCGCCACUGGAGAUGAUGGCGGCCGCCCUCUUCCUGUGGGCCGCCCGGAGCCACCGCCAGAACUACACCCGCAUGACGGCCUACCGGGUGGCCUAAACAGACUGGGUUUCUUUUAUACGUCAGGGUUGCACUCAGUAAGAGCAUAACGUUUUGAAAUGGAAGACGUGGAGUGUUUCCAGUAACAUACAGACUCCAAUUUGUAGAAGGUGAGAUUGCUUCUAUGAAAUGGCAACAUUUCAAAACAUUUUACAAACGGCAUGUUUAACUGAAUGUGACCCUAAGCUAAUCAUAAAUGGCAGUCCACACAAUGAUCUAUACUCCUGAGGGGUAUCCUACGAAGCAGGUUUGAGUAAUUAGCAAGGUCAACUUCGAGUUCAAUUCGGGGCACCAGUCAUACGAAAGUGGCUCACCUUUUAGCCAAGUACAUUUCUAUGGCAACGAGUCCAUCAGAACUAACCUGCUCCGGGGCAGGCUAACUUGCAACUAACUCCACUUACCCUGAAUUAUUUUUAUUUUACCUUUAUUUAACUAGGCAAGUCAGUUAAUGCGAUGAAAGAAACAUACAGGAACUCAAAUCCUUCUGUUCACCUGAUUUAGAAUUCCUCACAAUCAAAUGUAGACCGCAUUAUCUACCAAGAGAAUUCUCUUCGAUUAUAAUCACAGCCGCAUAUAUCCCCCCCAAGCAGACACAUCGAUGGCUCUGAACGAAUUUUAUUUAACUCUUUGCAAACUGGAAACCAUUUAUCCGGAGGCUGCAUUCAUUGUAGCUGGGGAUUUUAACAAGGCUAAUCUGAAAACAAGACUCCCUAAAUUUUAUCAGCAUAUCGAUUGCGCAACCAGGGGUGGAAAAACCUUGGAUCACUGUUACUCUAACUUCCGCGACGCAUAUAAGGCCCUGCCCCGCCCCCCUUUUGGAAAAGCUGACCACGACUCCAUUUUGCUGAUCCCUGCCUACAGACAGAAACUGAAACAAGAAGCUCCCACGCUGAGGUCUGUCCAACGCUGGUCCGACCAAGCUGACUCCACACUCCAAGACUGCUUCCAUCACGUGGACUGGGACAUGUUUCGUAUUGCGUCAGAUAACAACAUUGACGAAUACGCUGAUUUGGUGUGCGAGUUCAUAAGAACAUGCGUUGAAGAUGUCGUUCCCAUAGCAACGAUUAAAUCAUUCCCUAACCAGAAACCAUGGAUUGAUGGCAGCAUUCGCGUGAAACUGAAAGUGCGAACCACUGCUUUUAAUCAGGGCAAGGUGUCUGGUAACAUGACCGAGUACAAACAGUGCAGCUAUUCCCUCCGCAAGGCUAUCAAACAAGCUAAGCGUCAGUACAGAGACAAAGUAGAAUCUCAAUUCAACAGCUCAGACACAAGAGGCAUGUGGCAGGGUCUACAGUCAAUCACAGACUACAGGAAGAAAUCCAGCCCAGUCACGGACCAGGAUGUUUUGCUCCCAGGCAGACUAAAUAACGUUUUUGCCUGCUUUGAGGACAAUACAGUGCCACUGACACGGCCUGCAACGGAAACAUGCGGUCUCUCCUUCACUGCAGCCGAGGUGAGUAAAACAUUUAAACGUGUUAACCCUCGCAAGGCUGCAGGCCCAGACGGCAUCCCCAGCCACGCCCUCAGAACAUGCGCAGACCAGCUGGCUGGUGUGUUUACGGAUAUAUUCAAUCAAUCCCUAUACCAGUCUGCUGUUCCCACAUGCUUCAAGAGGGCCACCAUUGUUCCUGUUCCCAAGAAAGCUAAGGUAACUGAGCUAAACGACUACCCCCCCGUAGCACUCACUUCCGUCAUCAUGAAGUGCUUUGAGAGACUAGUCAAGGACCAUAUCACCUCCACCCUACCUGACACCCUAGACCCACUCCAAUUUGCUUACCGCCCAAAUAGGUCCACAGACGAUGCAAUCUCAACCACACUGCACACUGCCCUAACCCAUCUGGACAAGAGGAAUACCUAUGUGAGAAUGCUGUUCAUCGACUACAGCUCGGCAUUCAACACCAUAGUACCCUCCAAGCCCUCCAAGACGAUGCAAUCUCAACCACACUGCACACUGCCCUAACCCAUCUGGACAAGAGGAAUACCUAUGUGAGAAUGCUGUUCAUCGACUACAGCUCGGCAUUCAACACCAUAGUACCCUCCAAGCUGGGUCUCGACCCCGCCCUGUGCAACUGGGUACUGGACUUCCUGACGGGCCGCCCCCAGGUGGUGAGGGUAGGUAACAUCUCCUCCCCGCUGAUCCUCAACUCAAUCAUCAAGUUUGCGGACGACACAACAGUGGUAGGCUUGAUUACCAACAACGACGAGACGGCCUACAGGGAGGAGGUGAGGGCCCUCGGAGUGUGGUGUCAGGAAAAUAACCUCACACUCAACGUCAACAAAACUAAGGAGAUGAUUGUGGACUUCAGGAAACAGCAGAGGGAACACCCCCCUAUCCACAUCGAUGGAACAGUAGUGGAGAGGGUAGCAAGUUUUAAGUUCCUCGGCAUACACAUCACAGACAAACUGAAUUGGUCCACUCACACAGACAGCAUCGUGAAGAAGGCGCAGCAGCGCCUCUUCAACCUCAGGAGGCUGAAGAAAUUCUGCUUGUCACCAAAAGCACUCACAAACUUCUACAGAUGCACAAUCGAGAGCAUCCUGGCGGGCUGUAUCACCGCCUGGUACGGCAACUGCUCCGCCCUCAACCGUAAGGCUCUCCAGAGGGUAGUGAGGUCUGCACAACGCAUCAUCGGGGGCAAACUACCUGCCCUCCAGGACACCUACACCACCCGAUGUUACAGGAAGGCCAUAAAGAUCAUCAAGGACAUCAACCACCCGAGCCGCUGCCUGUUCACCCCGCUAUCAUCCAGAAGGCGAGGUCAGUACAGGUGCAUCAAAGCUGAGACUGAAAAACAGCUUCUAUCUCAAGGCCAUCAGACUGUUAAACAGCCACCACUAACAUUGAGUGGCUGCUGCCAACACACUGACACUGACUCAACUCCAGCCACUUUAAUAAUGGGAAUUGAUGUAAAUAUAUCACUAGCCACUUUAAACAAUGCUACCUUAUAUAAUGUUACUUACCCUACAUUAUUCAUCUCAUAUGCAUACGUAUAUACUGUACUCUAUAUCAUCGACUGCAUCCUUAUGUAAUACAUGUAUCACUAACCACUUUAACUAUGCCACUUUGUUUACAUACUCAUCUCAUAUGUAUAUACUGUACUCGAUACCAUCUUGCCUAUGCUGCUCUGUACCAUCACUCAUUCAUAUAUAUAUAUAUAUAUAUAUAUAUAUAUAUAUAUAUAUAUCCUUAUGUACAUAUUCUUUAUCCCCUUACACUUACCCCUGACAGUAGUUUAGGAAUUGUUAGUUAGAUUACUUGUUGGUUAUUACUGCAUUGUCGGAACUAGAAGCACAAGCAUUUUGCUACACUCGCAUUAACAUCUGCUAACCAUGUGUAUGUGACAAAUAAGAUUUGAUUUGAAGAACAAAUUCUUAUUUUCAAGGACCAUAUCACCUCCACCCUACCUGACACCCUAGACCCACUCCAAUUUGCUUACCGCCCAAAUAGGUCCACAGACAAUGCAAUCUCAACCACACUGCACACUGCCCUAACCCAUCUGGACAAGAGGAAUACCUAUGUGAGAAUGCUGUUCAUCGACUACAGCUCGGCAUUCAACACCAUAGUACCCUCCAAGCUCGUCAUCAAGCUGUUCAGUGAUAUGUCAGCUUGGGGAUAUGAACUUGCAACCUUUCGGUUACUAGUCCAACGCUCCAACCACUAGGCUACCCUGCCGCCCCGAUGACUGAGUCGUGAGUUGAGGACCAAUGAAAUCCGAUACCUCUUGAACAAAGAUUGCGUCGUCAUCCCUUUCAUUUGAGGAAGACGAAUGAUUCAAUAUUUUUUUUUAAAUGCAAUAUUUUAAUUUGAUCAAAUGUUUUGUUUGUGUAAAAAAAAAAUAUUUACACAUUUAUUGAUGACAGAAUGCAUUUUAAGCCUCACUCGAUGUAACACUUUUGUAUAAUUUAAUAAAUAAAUAAAUAAAUAUUGAUAGGAGUGGGUAGAAAGUGCUUGUGCAUUCAUAAGCACAUUGAUAAGCACACCGAAGUCUGCAUUCAUGAGAAUUAAUAAAAUAAAGACGGUUCAUUUUGGAAAACCCUGAGUAGUUUUAGCUUGCUUCCUAGGAUACUCUUCUGCUCUUGAAAGGCCUGUGUGUUUGCGUCUGUUAACCGUCCUGUUUGUAAGUAGAAUCUGGGUCACGUUCAGAGGGUUGCAACGUACUGAAACAUUGCAAAUAGAAAUGUGAUCAUUAGAGCUGACGUUUUCUUACUCGUCAUGUCAAGAGGGUUGCAACGUACUGAAACAUUGCAAAUGGAAAUGUGAUCAUUAGAGCUGACGUUUCUUACUCGUCAUGUCAGAGUAUCUGAAGGCUCCAUAACAUUGUGCCCCACUGAACACAACUCAAGUGAUUUAGUGCUAGGCUUGGGACAAAAGUCUGCACACUGGCCUCUCCAGGACGAGGCAUGAAGAGCACAUGGUAGCCCAGUGAUUCACUCUGUAACAACUACGCCUUUACAUUGUCGUCGUCGUGACAAUCUUCCCCAUUAAUAUACCUGAUUGACAGAUUUUAGGGUGACUAAACCUUCGACACCUUAACUCCACCCCAUGGGGGUGGCCUAAACAAUCUCUCCACCUUAAGCACAACUGUUCGACAGCUCACACUAGCCAAUCUAACCUCAAACGAGACAUUGCCUGUAUAAACAUGUCCUAAGAGCUUCUCACUGUCUUAGAGGCAAGUGUUUAAUUUGAUUUUACUUUUAAGAUGAAUUUGUCCCCAGCAGCAUGUACUGUAUGUGUAUAAUGUUUAACAACACCUGUGGUUGAUUAUGAGAAGGUGAAGUGCGUUUGUUUUUCUUGAAACCUGUUUGUGUGUGAAUCUUUUAACAAGGCUUUUUUAAAUUCAAGUUAACAGCGAUUGGAGUCAUAUUUUGCCUUUGCUUCUGUUGCCAUCUCUACCAUUUAUGAAUGAACGCUUUUUGCAAUCCUAGCCUUUUUUUCUAGGUAUUCCUAAACUAAAUGGUUUGUUGCUUUUGAAGUUUUGUAUUAUGUUGUCUAUAGAGAGUUGUAGUGACUUUUGACCCCGUUUGCUUACAUUUCCCUUUUUUUAUUUCAGCUGAUGAGAAUGUUCAGUUUAAUUUUGUGUCAUAUGUUGAUUGAAUGUUACCUUUUGGAAUGUAACCACUUCUUUGCCAUUGUCAUCCAUAUUUAUUGACAUUUAUUUGAAUGUAAAGACAUGUUAUCCUGGGUUGUUUUGACGCCACUAUAGCUAACCUGUGUUUUGAUCUUCCUCUUGAUGCUCGUGAUAUUGUUUUAUGUUGAAGUAAAUGUAACUCCAGUACUUAGCUUUUCUGAAGCCUACAGUGUUUGAAGCCAGCUUGAAACUACCAAUGACAAGACAACUGGCACUAACUCCCAAGUACACUUGGUAAAUGAGCACUCAACAGAUAUUGUUUACUGGGACACCAUUUUAUGAAGGGUGUCUAAAUGUUUUGAAACAACUUGUGGCUUUUGUAAGCGUUUUUAUGUGACUGUACCUAAAGCACAGUGCAUACCUGUUUCCAUAAGAAUAAAGUUCACCUAUGCUGAC